AUGUCAUCCAACGGAUCUUCAGGGCAACACACCUCUGUGGAUCGCCAGACGCUCCUGUCUCUCGAUCACAUCCGAGCAGUGCUUAUCAGGCUCGAAGAUACCAUCGUGUUCGAUCUCAUCGAGAGGGCCCAGUAUGCUCACAAUCCGCCGAUGUACGCGCCUGGAGCGUUCAAGGAGCUCAGAGAAAAGGAGAAUUGGGAAGCCAGCUGGGUCGAAUGGUUCCUCAAAGAGACGGAGGCUGCUCAUGGCGAGUGUGCCGGAAUGCAGCGGCUGUUUGGCCAUGUAUAUGCUGACAGGAUGGGGGCGCCUCGUCUCGCCUACUCAUUUGCCUUGCUCGAAACACUCACCCGCAGCCAAAGUUCGGCGUUUCGAUACUCCAGACGAAUACCCCUUCACGCCCAUCGAGCAAUUGCCCAAAGCAAUCUUGCCUCCCUUGACAUACCCCGAUGUCCUCUUCAAAGCGGCAGUCGUCAAUGCCAAUUCGCGCAUCUGGAGUUGGUACAGGGACGAUGUGGUGCCCGCCAUCACGCGAAAACAUGGCCUGCAGGCGGAUGAUGGGCAGUAUGGUAGCGCUGCUACGAGGGAUGUGGGAGUACUGAGCGCUGUUUCUAGACGCAUACAUUUCGGUGAGCGAUGAUACGUGGCUGCACGCGGAAAUUGAGUCAGCAUAGAGCAUGCACACCAACGGCAGACCCUUUGUUACACUCACCCCUCGACUCGCGGGGUCGCGCUCCAGGCAUGUUCGUAUCCGAGUCGAAGUUCCAAUCCUCGCCCGCAGAUUUUAUAGAGCCCAUACGCGCAAAAGAUCGCGUCAAGCUGGAAGCGCUCAUCACCAAACCCGCAGUUGAGGCUGCUCUGCUCGUGCGUCUUGCAGAGAAGGCGAAAGUAUACGGGCAAGAUCUGGACACGCUCUUGGGCGCUGGCAAACAGGGCACAGCAAAGAUCGACACAGAGGAGGUGGUUAGGAUUUACAGGGAACGCAUCAUUCCCGAGACGAAGGUAGUCGAGGUCGAUUAUCUGUUGAAAAGGUGAGCGAGCGGGUGGAAGAGGGCACCGCGGUCCCAGUGAAGGUGCUGAUGUUUUGCUUGUUGCUAUAGGCUGGAAGGGCUGUCGGAGGAGGAAGUUGCCAAUUUGGCUAACAGGAGGUGA